AUGAAAUUGUUAUGGAUAUUAUAUAUUAAAUUAUUAUUAUUAGCAUCAAUUAAUGCACUGCCUAAUAUUACAUCGUGUAAUUCUCUUGGAUUAAUUGACAAAAGUAAAAUCUUAGCUAUUUGUGAAACGAUCCAAUGUAAUGUUAGUCCUGAUUCUCAAGUAUACUAUCCACUGGAUUUAAAUUAUUCUUCUACUAUUAGUCACUAUGCUAUUAGUUCAACUAAUUUUUCAGUUUGCAGUGUAGUACCUUGUACAGCUGAAGAUUUGUCGAUUAUUAUAAAAAUAAUUGGAGUAAAUCGCGUUCCAUUUGGUAUAAAAAGUGGUGGACACAGUUUAAAUCCUGGAUUUAGUUCAACAGGAGGUAUUCAGAUUUCUAUGCAAUGCUUUAGCCAAGUUAAUUAUAAUCCAAAUGAUGAAACUGUUGAUGUGGGUCCAGGAUUAGUUUGGGAUGAUGUUUAUAAACAAUUGCAACCAUACAAUGUGACUGUUGUUGGUGGUCGAGUUGUUGGUGUUGGUGUAGGUGGAUUUCUUCUUGGUGGUGGUUAUUCAUGGAAAUCAAAUCAAUAUGGUCUUUCUAUUGAUACUAUAUUGGAAUAUGAAUUAGUAACUCCAAAUGGUACAAUUGUAAAUGUUAAUAAUCAAACAUAUCCCGAUCUAUAUUUUGGUCUUAAAGGUGGUUUGAAUAAUUUUGGUAUUGUUACAAAUUUUAAAAUGCGUGCAUUUCCACAAGGUCAAGUAUAUGGUGGUAUACUUUUAUAUACUGUCGUAGUAAUAAAUGAUUUAGUAAAUGCUAUUGUUACCUUUCAAACUAAUAAUCAAGAUCCAAAAGCUCAAAUUUUAUGUGAUUUUACCAGUCUUGCGAAUUCGUUUGAUAUAAAUAUAAUUGCAUUCUACGAUGCUCCAACAGCGCCACCCAAUACAUUUGACGUAUUUACAUCUAUCCUCCAUGAGGGUCAACUGGAAACUCAAUCAUAUUUGUCUCUUGUUCAAGCAUCACCAGUUAGUUUUACAAAUAAUAUGCGGUAA